AUGGGGCUUCAGGUUUUGGCACUGAUUGCAUUCAUCUGCAUAGAGACCAUCAUGGAAUGCUCCCCUUGCGAAGGCCUUUAUUUCUUUGAGUUUGUGAGCUGCAGUGCAUUGGUGGUUACUGGAGUUCUGUUCCUUAUGUUCAGUCUGAAUCUUCACACAAGAAUACCACAGAUCAACUGGAACCUUACUGAUCUGGUCAACACUGGACUCAGCACUUUCUUCUUUUUCAUUGCCUCUGUAGUACUCGCUGCUUUAAACCAUAAAACUGGAGCAGAAAUUGCUGCUGUGAUAUUUGGUUUCUUGGCAAUGGCAGUGUAUGCUGUGAACACAUACUUAGCCAUCCAAAAGUGGCGACUGAACAGACAACAGAGCAGUCGGCAGAGCAGUGACUACAUACGGGCUCGGACAGAAUCGAGGGAAGUAGAUCAUCGCCCGGAGAUUCAGCGGCUGGAUGCAUGACAGUGACAUCGAGUGGGACUGCAAGGGGAAAAAGGAGUGCUUAAGUUUUCCCUUGUGGAAUCAAGGGCUUUUUCUCCCACCUUUAUUUAAGGAAGAAAAGGAAGAUCAGACUGUGACAAAGAAUGUCCAGACCCACCCAUGUGCAGAGAUGCGUUGAGGCAGAAGCUGUUGCCAUGAAGAGAAUAAAUGUUGGUCAUUCAAAUGCAAGUUCUAUAUAUAUAUAUACAUAGAUACAUAUAUAUCUAAAAUGUUAAUAUUUUGGAAUAACUGCAUAGUACUCUUCUUUCCUCUCCCAAGUAUAAGCUCUGCUCUAUGUGUUCUGCCACUGUUUCUUCAUCUACCACAAACAUGAAGACCAGCACUAUAUUUUUGGUUAAUACCAGAAAAAGAAGUUCACCAAAAGUAAGUUGGGGCAAAUAGCAAUAACGUCAGCAGUGUGUUGUGUCCAGCAGCUCCCCGCAGCCUGGGCCCUGCAGUUCCCAUCUCAGCUGCAGGACUUUGUGCAGUUCCUUGGUUCAUGUCCCUACCCAGCCGGAACAGACGGCACUGUCACGCUUUGGGGCUGGUGGAGGUAGCAAUAAGGUAGUUAUGCUGUGAAUUACUCUGAAAUUGUCACAGUUCAUGGGUUAUACUGGCUCGAUCUGAAUUUGCCUAAGAUUAGCGUGUUUCCCAGAUGGCUGCUGUAGUGCAUCCAGUACAAGUUUGUCUUCUACCAGUGUUGGGAUACAGGCUUUUUUAUUUGUUCCAAAAUGAGAGAAAAAAAAAGUCCUUGCAGACGGUGAGGAGGAAGAGGGUGGAAGUGCACAGUGAUGAUGGCAAGAAAGAAAGAAGGGGUUCUGAUGCACUUGCAUUCCAGUCGGAGUUUCAUAUUUUUUUGCUUGUUUGACAGUUCAAUCUUUCUGAGAACAAGAAUAGCAAAAAUUUACAGUAUCUUAUAAAAUGUCUUAAAGGUCGUGAUAUUUUGAUUCAUGUAGGAAAAUACUUUUGAGGGGUUGCUGAUUUUUUCUAAAAUUAAAAGUGUUUGUAGUAGGUCAAAACAAUUAUUUGGGUGUGUUGGGAAAAUACUCUUCUAACAUUCCUUUGGAAAAUGAGUUUAGUUAAUUGAAAGAAAAGAUGGUGUUGAUUUGCUCAUAAAUGGUUUUGCCUAAUUGAAGUUUUCUCAUUUUGCUGCAUUUUCAGUGAAGAGAAGGAUGCUUUCUCAACUUAAAGCUUGAAUUCUUCAAUAAUCAGUUAGACGGUGUCACAGUGGUAUUUUGAAGAUGUCCCUCUAUUUUCUUGUUUUAUGAUUAGUAUUUUUAUGUAUGUAAUCGUUCAUUUGCCAUUUAUGUGCCUGCACAUUGCAUGAAGAAAAUGUCUGGAAAGAUGAUGCCCAGAGCUGAAUUGCCACCUCUUGUAAGCUCAUGGCAUCUUGGAAGUCACUGUAAUUGUAUCCCUGACUUGCCACCUAUGCCUGAAUUUAUCCCGCACGUGGCCUGUGCCCUUCUGGUGUGCGAUGCUCUCACGGAGCGGUACCCAGCCUGGAUGGAUGUGCCUAGUGGGAAUGUUGCAAACAAAGGGCAAUAGAUGUCAGAUAGGUCACUUCUAAAUAUAGCAUCCAGGUUUGUAAAGCAGUAUGAUGAAAUGAAAGAACAGUACAAAUGCUUGGAGUUAUUUUAAUUAUUCUAAUGGAGGGUACUGGUUUUCAACUUUAUGCUGCAAUAUUUAAAUCAAGCAACAGAGAAUUAUUCUGAUAUGUGAAAACCACAUAACUGAUAUACCUUCAUUGCGCAGUUGUUGUUGUUUACAUUACACCACAGUGGCCAAGUCUAAAAGUACAGAGAACUUACUAAUGAGUUUAAAGAAUGUUUGUUCUUUUAACCCAGUAAUGAUUUUCCAGUUGUUAUAUCUGGUAACUUAUUUUGUUUCAUUGAAAGCUGAUGCCAAAGGGAACACUGAUUUUAAAAUAACAAGCUAUUCAAGCUGACCUCUGUUGCUGGAUUUAAAACAUAGCUCUUUUUAUCAGGGAGGUGUUUCAGGUGGGACUGCUGGAUGUCUCUGUGAAAAGCAAAGCAUUCGAUGUUCAGGAUAGCAUUAAAUAAUGAAGUUAAUAGCCAAUAUCCUGC